AUGAGCCCCGAACCGGUCCCGCCGCCGCCGCCGCCCCAAUGCCCCGGCUGCGACUGCGGGGAGCCGUUCGCCAAGCGCUUGGAGAAGGGCGACGAGGCCUUCCGCGCCGGCGAGUAUGAGAUGGCAGCGGAGCUCUUCCGAUCGAUGCUGGCCGGGCUGGCGCAGCCCGACCGCGGCCUGUGCCUGCGGCUGGGGGACGCGCUGGCCCGCGCGGGCCGGCUCCCCGAGGCCCUAGGCGCGUUCCGCGGCGCCGCGCGGCUCGGAGCGCUGCGGCCCGACGAGCUGGGGGAGCUGGCGGGCAGCCUCGCGUGCGCCCUGGGCCAGCGCGAGUGGCGGCUGCCGGCUGGGAGGCCGGGCCGCGCCCCCGAGGAGCCGCGUGGGGAGCAGCCGGCCUCGGCGCCCGUCGCGCCCGGUGACCUGCUGGGCUGUCCACGCUGCCAGCGGCUGCUCCACAAGCCGGUGACCCUGCCGUGCGGGCUGACGGUGUGCAAGCGCUGCGUGGAGUCGGGGCCGGCCCGGCUGCAGGCUCGGCGAGUCAACGUGGUGCUGAGCGGCCUGCUGGAGAAGUGCUUCCCGGCCGAGUGCCGCGUGCGCAGGCUGGCGGGCCAGGCGCGGGGUCUGCAGCGCCAGCAGCAGCCCGAGGCCGCGCUGCUCAGGUGCGACCAGGCUCUGGAUCUGGCUCCUAGAGAUAAUUCAUUAUUGCUGCUGCGAGCAGAGUUAUAUUUAACCAUGAAGAACUAUGAGCAGGCUCUACAGGAUGCCAAUGCCGUUUGUCAGAAUGAACCUCUCUUGACUAAGGGGCAUCAUAUGAAGGCUCAGGCUCUUUCUGGAUUGGGAAGAAGUAAGGAAGUGUUAAAGGAGUUUCUCUACUGCCUUGCUUUAAAUCCUGAAUGUAACUUGGUGAAGAAAGAAGCACAGAAGGUAAUAUGCGAGGUGUUUUUUCCAGCUUCAGAAAAUGUGCCUCAGAAUUUGACAUCUUCCAUCCAAAGCAGAAUAUUGAACAGCAGGCUAAAGGCUCAGUGUGCCAGCCAUGUAAACACCCAGCCUCUGGAAGAAGGUGGUGGUGCAGGGAGUUCUAAGAAUCCAUCUGAGAAAUCUGAUGUGUUUAGAAAUACCAAUUCUUCAGUUUUGUAUUUUAUACUGGGUCUGCACUUUGAAGAGGAUAAAGAAGUGUUAGAGAGUAUCCUUCCAGUAGCACCCAGCACCGGUUUAAAGAGACAAUUUCCAAAUGAUUUGGAGGAUGUGCAUGACCUGAAUGGCCCUGGGAAAAUUCCCAAGAAAGAUUCCUCACCUCAAAGGAACAUGACCUCUAACAUAGGAGAAAGUCCAGAGCUCUCCAUAGAUGUAACUGACUUUGAGUGUGCCCUUUGCAUGAGGUUGCUCUUUGAGCCUGUUACUACACCAUGUGGACAUACGUUUUGCCUGAAAUGCCUUGAACGCUGCCUCGACCAUGCCCCACAUUGUCCACUGUGUAAAGAAAAACUCUCAGAAUUGUUGGCAAGCAGAAAUUUUAAUAUAACUAUUUUGGCCGAAGAAUUAAUAUUUCGAUAUUUAUCUGAUGAACUCUCUGAUAGGAAGAGAAUUUAUGAUGAAGAAAUGACAGAGCUGUCAAAUCUGACCAGAGAUGUCCCCAUCUUUGUGUGUGCCAUGGCCUUCCCCACGGUCCCGUGUCCACUUCAUGUCUUUGAGCCCCGCUAUCGGCUUAUGAUAAGAAGAUGCAUGGAAACUGGCACCAAACGGUUUGGCAUGUGUCUAUCUGCUGAGCACGCAGGAAUUUCAGAGUACGGCUGCAUGCUGGAGAUUAAGGACGUCAGAACGUUUCCUGAUGGGAGUUCGGUUGUGGAUGCCAUUGGGAUUAGUCGGUUCCGAGUUCUGAGCCACCGUCACAGAGAUGGCUAUAACACAGCCGACAUUGAAUAUCUCGAAGAUGAAAAGGUGGAAGGUCCAGCAUAUGAAGAACUUACCAGUCUUCAUGAUUCAGUUUAUCAACAGUCGGUUUCCUGGUUUACUUCACUUCAGGAUCACAUGAAGGAACAAAUUUUAAGCCAUUUUGGGUUAAUGCCAGACAGGGAAUCUGAGCCUCAGAGUAACCCUAGUGGCCCGGCGUGGUCCUGGUGGAUCCUGGCGGUGUUGCCAUUGGAACGCAAGGCUCAGCUGGCUAUUCUUGGCAUGAUCUCCCUUAAAGAGCGUCUGCUUGCCAUUCGGCGAAUAUUAGUCAUCAUCACGCGUAAGAUGAAUAGUCGGCAGGAGCUGGUUAAUAGGGAGAGAAAUAAUUAA